AUGAAAAAAUUAAUGGUUGGUUUGCGACCUCUUCACUCUCCAAUAGGAAGCAAUUUACAUAGAGGCUACUUGCUAGGAUGUACGGAAGCUCAUCAAGAGAUGCGACUUCUUUGCGGAAGCAAUGAGCAUUCAUCGAAUUCCUUGAUGGCUAAAAAGUUAUUUAAUAACAAUAAUUUAAAUAUGUACGGAAGCUGUUUACGAAAGUUCUCAAUGAAUUUUGUGAACAGAAAGAAGAACUUGUUUGAUUAUGAAACCGACAUGCACAAAUUUUUUACUCAGAAAAAUCAGAUUUUGGAGAGCCCCAAGUUAACUCAACAUUACGAAAAUGUGUUGCUAGAAUUAUUAGAUUGUCCCACAAAUGUCAAAUACCACAAAUCUACUUAUUUUGUUGCGUCUUUUAUCAUUGAGUGUAUUGAUUUAUUAAAUAUGGAAAAAGACAGAGAAUUCUUACUUUUGAAAGCUUGGGAUUUGUUAAAUGCAGGAACUUUUUCAGAAGUAGAAAUUCCACAAAAGAACGCCUUGCAAGUACAAUUGGCAACGUUAUUGCAAGAUAUUGACAAAAUGGCCGAGUCAUUUGAUGUACAUUUUAAUUAUAUCAAACAGCAAUUGGUUCAACAUAGACAACUUAAAAAACCUCUCCAAAUACCUCUCGACGAUAUUGUGAUAGGAUUCAGUUGUGCACCUCACGUGGGAAAAUAUGCUGAAAUGUCCUUACUUGGAGAUUUAAUUGUUAAUGUUUAUAAAGCUCCAGAGUUAUUGGAGGUGUUGAACACUCAAGCUAACACAGAUCAACAACUAGAUUAUUCAGCUAUUUAUAAUAUUUUGAAAGCAUAUCCAAUCCCUAAUGAGCCCAUCCAAAGAGAGCCUAUGAAGAAAUUGACUCCUAUUUCUGGUUUUAUGAAAAUAACCUCCAUGACGUGUUGGAUUAAUGAUAACAAAGAAGAUACUCUUGUUGACGAUACAGAAAGCAUUACAUUAGGCAGCAAUGAUUUAUUGGAGCUACAUCAAUGGGGAAAUGUGAUCUUGUGGUUUCAACAGAUUGUUCUCUCAGGUAUCAUUGGAGAAGAUAAGGCCUACCUCUACGGAUAUGCUCAUGUCGACGGAAUUGAUUCCAACAAUUUUGCAGCUUCAUCCAAUGUCGUUCUCGAAGAAUUAAUACAGUCCAUUACCAAUGUGGAGAUGAAACAAGACAUUGAGGGGCUCAUCAAAGAAGGAAAAGAAGCAAAUGCCUCCACAGUGUCAUCAUGUGUGAUUGAGACUCAAUAUCAAUUCGAAAAUGCAUCUUCAGACCAUGAUCUUUUCUCGCCAUCUAAGGAUGACAUGUCUAUCAUUCAUUGGAAAGGAGUUCUCAAAAAAACAGUCACAGAAACUCACAAAACCAGAGAUGUUGUCAAAAUAACUACAAGUUUCCAUGUAGAAGUCAAGUUUGAGGCCAAUUCAACACUCAACGAGUGA